CUUCAGACACCACCAUUAACUGCCUCGCAUCUCACCGGGGAGCUCACUCACUCACUCCAGCUCCAAUCCGAUCUCAGCUAGCUCAAGCACAAAAAGAUCUGCUUUCUCACUUUCGCAGCAAGUACCAAGGUCACGAAGGAUGGAGGAGAAGAUGUACAGUGUGAAGGUUGGGGAGCCGACGCCGGCCGGUGGAGGCAGGCCAUCGGCCGGACCCGUCUACCGGAGCAUCUACGCCAAGGACGGCCUCAUGCCGCUCCCAAAGGAAAUCCAGUCCCCAUGGGACUUCUUCAGUGAGGCAGUCAAGAAGUACCCCAAGAACCGCAUGCUCGGCCAGCGUCAGGUUUCAGAUGGCAAGGCUGGUGACUAUGUGUGGCAAACGUAUGAGGAAGUGUACCAGAAGGUCAUCAAGAUUGGAGCAGCCAUCAGAAGCUUCGGCGUUAAGCCGGGGGGUCACUGUGGCAUAUAUGGAUCAAACUGUCCAGAAUGGGUCAUGGCCAUGCAGGCUUGCAGCAGCCAAGGAAUUUGUUAUGUCCCACUGUACGACACCCUUGGACCAAAUGCAGUUGAGUUCAUCUUGGACCAUGCUGAAAUCUCCAUAGCCUUUGUGCAGGCGAGCAAGAUAAAAUCACUACUAGCCAUACUCCCAAAGUGCACAGCCCACAUCAAAGCCAUUGUUAGUUUUGGAGACGUGACAAAUGAGCUGAAAAGGGAAGUUGAACAAUUAAGAGUAUCUUGCUUUUCCUGGGAAGAAUUUUCUACUAUGGGAACAGAAACCCAAGAUAUUUCUAGGAAACAAAAGGAUGACAUUUGUACGAUCAUGUAUACUAGUGGAACAACAGGAGAUCCAAAGGGUGUCAUCAUCACAAACAGGGCUAUCAUCGCCGGGGUUAUGACCACAGAAAACCUCCUUGAAUUGACAGACAAAGUGGUGUCUGAAGAUGAUUCAUAUUUUUCCUACCUUCCAUUAGCCCACAUAUUUGAUCAAGUAAUUGAGAAUUACUGCAUCUUUAAAGGGGCCUCUAUUGGCUUCUGGCAAGGGGACAUUAGGUACCUGAUGGAGGAUGUGCAAGUGAUGAAACCAACAAUAUUCUGUGGCGUUCCUCGCGUUUAUGAUCGUAUAUACACAGGUAUUAACCUGAAAAUACAGUCUGGAGGGCUGAUAGGCAAGCAGAUUUUUCAGUAUGCCUACAACUACAAACUUGCCAAUCUAAGGAAAGGGUUCAAACAGCAUGAAGCAUCACCAUUUUUUGACAAAAUAGUUUUCAGCAAAAUAAAAGAAGGGCUUGGAGGCCGCAUACGUCUCAUGCUAUCGGGAGCAGCACCUUUACCGAGACACAUCGAAGAGUUCAUGCGAGUUACAGGCUGCUGCGCCCUCGCACAAGGAUAUGGGCUCACUGAGAGUUGUGCAGGAUGCUUUACGUCAAUCGCCAACAUCUUUUCAAUGAUCGGGACGGUUGGCCCUCCAGUGACAGCGAUUCAGGCACGCUUGGAGUCCAUUCCUGAAAUGGGUUAUGACGCGCUCUCCAAUGUGCCCCGGGGUGAGAUCUGCUUGAGGGGCCACACCUUGUUUUCUGGGUACUACAAGCGUCCUGACCUCACUGAGGAAGUGUUCUCAGAUGGUUGGUUCCAUACAGGUGAUAUUGGAGAAUGGCAACCAGACGGCACGAUGAAGAUCAUCGACAGAAAGAAGAACAUCUUCAAGCUGUCCCAGGGGGAGUAUGUAGCAGUGGAGGUCCUUGAAAGCGCAUACGUGCAGUCUCCACUGGUCACAUCGGUUUGGGUCUAUGGGAACAGCUUUGAGUCCUUCCUGGUUGCUGUGGUUGUCCCUGAGAAGCAGGCAAUUGAGGACUGGGCUGCACUGAACAAUAAGACAAGUGACUUUGCAGAGUUGUGCAAUGAUCCCAAGGCAAGGAGGUACAUCCAGGAUGAGCUGAACAAAACUGGCAAGAAACUCGGGCUGAGAGGAUUUGAGAUGCUGAGAGCAGUUCACCUAGAGCCAGUGCCAUUCGGCAUAGAGAAGGACUUGAUCACGCCAACUUUUAAGCUCAAGAGGCCCCAACUUCUCAAAUAUUACAAGGAUCGCGUCGACCAGCUCUACAAGGAUGCCAAGAUGGCAACUGCACCAUGAAUGAUGGUGAAACACCAUAAAUCAAGUGGGUAUGAACUUUGUGAGUGAUUCUUCAGGAAGAAGCAUGUACAUAUCAAUAAGCCAAGGUUUAAUAGUUGAGACGUGGCAACAACAACUGAGUUCGUCACGGCUGGAGAUGGUGAUAGUUUAAAUUGUACUAGUACAGCGUACUUUUGGUUUUCUUGGGGCGCAUUUCAGUCAUGUUCUUUGUUCCGAUCCUCUACUUUUCGAUGUAAUGUACACCAAUAUACGGCACCCAUAUACUGGCUAUUCCAUAGACCAUGGAUUGGUCAAGCUGAGA